AUUAUUUAAAAAUUAAAUUAUCUAAUUUAUGCUAUCCACAGCUGCAGGUUUCCAAUCUAUGCUCAAAGAAGGAGCUCGCCAUUAUCAAGGAUUAGAAGAAGCAAUCCUAAAAAAUAUUCAAGCAUGCAAAGAAAUUUCUAACAUGACUAAAACUUCAUUGGGCCCAAAUGGAAUGAAAAAAAUGGUUGUGAAUCAUAUCGAUAAAAUAUUUGUCACAAGUGAUGCAGCAACAAUCCUCAAAGAAAUGGAAAUCUAACAUCCUGCCGCCAAGAUGAUCCUUAUGGCAGCCAAAAUGCAAGAGACUGAAUAAGGUGAUGCUACAAAUUUCGUUAUUACUCUAGCUGGAGAGUUAUUGUAAUAAGCUGAAAGUUUAAUUAAACUAGGAUUACAUCCAAGCUAAAUUGUGGUUGGGUAUGAGACCGCAUUGAAAAAGGCAUUGGACUUACUUGAUGAACAAAAGGUAUGGGAAAUAACUGAUGUUGCUGAAGAAUAAUAAGUGUUUUAAGCAAUUAGAACCUCAUUGAGUAGUAAAUUAUCAGACUAUUCCAAUUUGAUUGCUGGUCUUGUAGCCAAAGCAUGUAUUAGAUGUUUGCCAAGAGAAAAGUCUAAUUUUGAUUCUGAAUAUGUUAGAGUUACUAAAAUCUUAGGAGGAUCUGUUUUGGAUAGUCAUGUUUUAUCUGGAUUAAUAGUAACUAGAAAUGUGGAAGGACAAAUCAACAGAUUGGAGAAUCCUAAAAUUUGUGUAUUUAAUGCACCAUUAGAUCCAUAAUAAUCAGAAACUAAAGGAACUGUUUUAAUUAAAAAUGCUACCGAAUUAAAGAACUAUACAAAGACUGAAGAAGAUCUUGCUGAAAAGAUAGUCAAGAGCAUUGCUGAUGCAGGAGUUAACCUCAUUGUUGCUGGAGGAAGUAUAUCAGAAAUAGUAUUACACUUUGUUGAAAAAUAUAAAAUGAUGAUUGUGAAGGUCUAAUCCAAAUUUGAAUUAAAACGCUUAUGCAAAGCAGUUGGAGCUAGUGCUUUAUCAACAUUGUCUGCACCUAUGCCAGACGAAUUAGGAACAUGUGAUCGAGUCCAUGUACAAGAAAUUGGUAGUUAAAAAGUUACUAUCUUCGAAAAGCAAAGUGACACUUGCAAAUUAGCAACUAUUGUUUUAAGAGGAGCAACUUAAAAUCUCUUAGAAGACAUUGAAAGAGCCAUUGAUGAUGGAGUCAGUUGCUAUAGAUCAUUAAUUAAGGAUUCAAGAUUUGUUUAUGGUGGAGGAGCUACAGAAAUUAAAUUAGCAUAACAAUUAGAAUAAGAGGCAAAUAAAAUUAAAUCUAUUGAUUAAUACGCUUAUAGACAAUAUGCAUAAGCUUUUGAAAUUAUACCCAGAAUCUUAAUUGAUAAUGCUGGUUUAGCUCAAAAUGAAAUGAUGGCUCAAUUGCACAAAUUGAAUUCAGAGAAACCUCAUUCAUUGAACAUUUCUAAUGGAACCUUAACUCCCUCAAGUGAAUUAAAAGUGUUUGAUCACCUUAAAACCAAAUGGUGGGCUAUCAAACUAGCUACAGAUGCUGCCAUCACUAUCUUGAGAGUAGAUUAAAUUAUUAUUGCCAAACCAGCUGGAGGACCAAAGAUGCCAGAUAGAGGACACUGGGAUGAUUAAGAUUGAGUGUGAUCAAAUAAUAAAUCAUAGCAUAGAUAUUAUCAAUAAUUUCUUUA